CUGGGGGCGGGGAAGCGGCUUAACAUUUACACAGACAGCCGUUAUGCAUUUGCUACGGCUCAUGUCCACGGGGCGAUUUACCAGGAAAGAGGGCUAUUGACAGCAGAGGGACGGACAGUAAAAAACAAACAGGAAAUUCUAGACCUGCUUGCUGCCCUAUGGCUUCCUGCGAAGUUAGCCAUUGUCCACUGUCAAGGGCACCAGAAGGCAGAUGAUCCAGUAGCAAGAGGCAACCAAAAGGCUGAUCAGGCAGCCAAGGCAGCGGCCUUCACCUCAGUCCCCGUCCCCGCCAUGGCCUUACAACUACCAGACCCCGGGGACCCAGUUCUACCAGACCAGCCUAGGUACUCUCAGGAAGAGCUGCAGCAGAUCAGAAAGCUUCCCCUCACCAAGGAAAUAAAGGGAUGGUGGUAUACCUCGGAUGAGAAACUCAUACUACCGGACUGGCUUGGGGUCACAGUGUUAGAACGCAUGCAUCGGUCCACCCACUUGGGAGCCCGGAAGUUAAAGGACUUAAUUCAGCAUGCCAAGAUCAAGAUUCACCAACAAGACUCCAAAAUCAAUCAGAUUAUAGCCUCCUGAAAAACCUGCCAACUCACAAACGCAAGAGCUGGAUCAGGUGGACAAGGAACCAGGCUCAGAGGCACCAAACCAGGAGCACACUGGGAGGUCGACUUCACUGAAGUCAAACCAGGAAAGUAUAGUUAUAAAUAUCUUUUAGUAUUCAUAGACACCUUCUCUGGCUGGGUAGAGGCGUACCCAACCAAGCAUGAAACAGCCCAGACGGUGGCCAAGAAACUACUGGAAAACAUCUUACCCAGGUAUGGUUUUCCUGCUCUGAUAGGAUCUGACAACGGACCAGCCUUUAUUUCGCAAGUAACACAGGCAGUAGCCAAGGUCAUAGGGGCGGAUUGGAAAUUACAUUGUGCUUAUAGACCCCAGAGUUCAGGGCAGGUAGAAAGAAUGAAUAAAACUCUAAAAGAGACCCUUACCAAAUUAACUAUGGAGACUGGCGGGGAUUGGGUGGCUCUCCUUCCGUAUGCCCUUUACCGGGUGAGGAACUCCCCUUACACUCUGGGUCUCACCCCUUACGAGAUCAUGUUUGGUAGGCCCCCUCCUAUCAUCCCUAACCUAAAAGCUGAACUUCUUGUUAAGUUUGAAAAUCAGGAGGUAUCUUUUUUCCUAAGAGAACUGCAGAGGGCGCACGAGGACAUUUGGCCGCGCCUCCGCGCUGUCUACGAGGCUGGCCCCACCCCAACGCCUCAUCAGUACCAGCCAGGAGACUGGGUGUUCGUCAGAAGGCACAGACGAGAGACCCUCGAACCACGCUGGAAGGGCCCCUAUAUCGUCGUACUGACUACACCCACCGCUCUCAAGAUAGACGGCAUCGCGACUUGGAUCCACCACUCCCACGCUCGCCCAGCCGACCCCUCUGCAAUCCAGGAAGACUUCAUCACACGAUGGAGCAUCGACCAAGACCAGCGCAACCCGCUCAAGCUCAAGCUGCGGCGCACUCGACCUGCCUGA